UCUGUAAACCCAACUCUCCCUCACCUGCUGCAACACAACCAUCUUUGCCGAUUUGCAGCGCCGUCUGUUGGAAGUGGGGAAGAUGAGAGUAUUCAGGCCAUGAUGGUUAGAAUUUGUAUAUUUUAAAAAUAAUUUUGCAUCAUGACCUGAAUCCACCGUAGUAGAUUCAGGGACUUUAGCUUUGGAUGAAGCCACCAGUUCCGCCAGCGCCGCUGAGCAAACCUUACUUCUUCUACGGCCACCGCAAGCCCUCCCAGAACCGCCCCACCGUCCGCGGCGGUUUAUUCUCCAACCGCCAAACUCUGAACCCGAAGAGGUUCAGCCGCCCCUCCGAAGAGCCGUUCGACCUCCAGAAAUGGGACCCAGAGGAUAAAGCAAACCAAAGACCUCCCUAUGUGAAAGACCCAUCUGAAAGAUUCUUCAUUUUGGCGAAGAACUUGUCUCCCAUUGCGAGAUACAUAGUAGAUGCCUUCAGAAAGCAUAAGCAGUGGAGCCCAGAGCUGGUGGCUGAGCUUAAUCGGCUGCGCCGCGUCACGCCCAAGCUGGUCACGGAGGUUCUGAAGUUUCCUAACGUUGAUCCUAGGCUCUCAUCCAAGUUCUUUAACUGGGCUGGCAAACAGAAGGGCUAUAGGCAUGAUUUCGCCUGUUACAAUGCUUUUGCUUACUUUUUGAAUCGGGCAAAUCACUUUCGCGCCGCUGAUCAGGUGCCUGAAUUGAUGCAUAUGCAAGGGAAGCCACCUACUGAGAAACAAUUUGAAAUCUUGAUCCGGAUGCAUGCUGAUGCUAAAAGGGGUCUGAGGGUACACUAUGUGUAUGAGAAAAUGAAGAAAUUUGGUGUGAAACCACGGGUAUUUUUGUAUAACAGGAUUAUGGAUGCAUUAGUUAAGACUGGCCAUUUAGAUUUAGCCAUGUCAGUUUAUAAUGACUUCAAGGAUGAUGGUUUGGUGGAGGAAAAUAUGACUUAUAUGAUUUUGGUUAAGGGCUUAUGUAAAGCUGGGCGGAUGGAAGAAGUGUUUAACCUUCUGGAUAAGAUGAGGAAGAAUCUGUCCAAGCCAGAUGUGUUUGCAUACACGGCUAUGGUAAAGGUGUUGAUCUCAGAAGGAAAUUUGGAUGGUAGUUUAAUGGUGUGGGAGGAGAUGCUAAAGGAUCGCAUCAUUCCAGAUGUCAUGGCCUAUACAACUUUGGUCAUGGCGCUUUGUACAGGUAACCGUGUUGACAAGGGUUACGAAUUGUUUAAGGAGAUGAAAGAGAGAAAGUAUUUGAUAGACAGGGCCGUUUAUGGAUCUCUGGUUGAAGCAUAUGUUGUGGAUGAGAGGGUGGGUUUAGCUUGUGGGUUGCUCAAAGACUUACUCGAAUCAGGGUACAGGGCAGAUUUGCCAAUAUAUAACUCCCUUAUAAAAGGCUUGUGUACUGCCAAAAAGGUUGACAGAGCUUAUAAACUUUUCCACGUGACAGUUCGAGAAGAUCUUCAACCAGAGUUUGAUACUGUUAAUCCCAUCUUAGUGUCUUAUGCGGAGUCGAAAAGAAUGAAAGAAUUUUGUAAGUUGCUUGAGCAAAUGCAGAAGUUGGGGCUUUCUGUCACUGAGGAUCUAGCCAGAUUCUUUUCUGGCUUGGUAGAGAGGGAAGAUGGUGUCGUGGUGGCUCUGGAAGUGUUUGAGCACUUGAAAACCAAAAAGUAUCUUAGUGUUCCGGUUUACAAUACACUUAUGGAGGCCCUUCUCAAGAAUGGUGAGGAAAAGAAGGCAUUGGCACUCUUCCACGAACUUAAUGAACUUGACUUGGUACCUGACUCCUCGACUUACAGUAAUGCAAUUUUAUGUUUUGUUGGAGUCGGAGAUGUAAAGGAGGCUUGCGUUUGGUACAACAGGACGGUAGAAAUGCUAUUAGUUCCUUCGCUUGCUGCUUAUUCGUCUCUUGUUGAAGGCCUCUCAAAAAUGGGAGAGCUGGAUGCUGCUAUGAUGUUGGUUCGUGACUGCUUGGCCAAUGUGGAAAGUGGUCCGUUGGAAUUCAAGUACACUCUCACAAUUAUCCACGUUUGCAAGUCAAACGAUGCCACAAAGGUAAUGGAAGUUGUAAAUGAAAUGGUUGAACAAAGUUGUCCUCCAAAUGCUGUUACAUGCACUGCUAUUAUUUAUGGCAUGUGCAAGCAUGGAACGAUGGAAGAGGCAAGGAAAGUCUUCUCAAUCAUGAGAGAUUCGAAAUUCCUCAGUGAAGCUGAUGUAAUAGCCUAUGAUGAGAUGCUUGGAGACCACAUGAAGAAGACAACUGCAGGUUUACUGUUGUCUGGAAUAAGAUUCUUCGGUCUGGAGUCGAAAUUGAAGGCAAAGGGCUGUUCGUUCCUGCCCAGUUGAACACACGAAAAGAGUGGCUGGCUCCAUGCUUGACAACAACAAGAGUAAGUCAGAAAAUAUACUCCACAAUCCAGUUUAGAAACAUCAAAACUCAAACAUUAAACAAGGUAUAUUAAGAUACAGUUUAUUUAAUGAGCAAUGUACUUUCCUCUCUCAAAUCAUUGAUUUUUGCCUUCUAUGCUGACAUUGGGAAGGUAUUUUAAGAUACAGUUUAUUUUGUAAUAUUAAUUCUGUUUGAUGGUUUUUAAUCUUUAAUUCUCAUAGGUGUCAGAAAAUGAUUUUCUCACACCCAAGGCUUUAGAAAUCGUUUCCCUUAGCCAAGAUGAUUGGAUGACAGAUUGUUCAUCAAAGAAGUGUUUGGAGGAUGAAUUUUCUGCAUGUGACCUAGAUUACAAGAUGAACGUUCUGAUCAAAGAGGAAACAAGGUGUUUGGGAGAUGAAUUUUCGGCAUGUAAUGCAGACAAGAAGAUAAUGAUUGUGAUUAAGCAGGAGAAGGAAUGAUGAUGUUUGAAGCUCUUAUUUUGUUAUUUAUUGAGGAUGCAUAUCUUAUGUAUGGUCAUUGUAGGGCCAUAGUUUUUCUGAAGUUUUUAGCUAUAUGUUAUUGACUACAACUGUCUAUGCUAUAUACAGUUUUGGCAUCAUAAUAGUGUAGUCAAAUCUGUAAGAUGAGCCCUUUUCUUUCUUUUCUUGUAAUCAUCUAUAAAAGCAAUAGAUUGUUCUAUGCUUGUGUUUUUAUACUUGAGAUGUAGCCGGCAGUUGAUAAAUAAAUUGGAAUCUUAAUUUCUCUUGA